AUGAUCAGUCACAAACACGAAAAGGGCGAGAGCUCUUCCACCACGGACGAGGCCAUCACAGUCCAGCUUCCGGCUCACGACCAACCAGCAGCCCCGAAGCCCAUGAGGUCGUCCUUCAAGAACCUCUUUGCAUUCACCCGCCCAACCCAUGUCUGGCUCAUCGUCUCCGCACUCUGCGGCUCAGCCGUCGUCGGUGCUGGACGAACCGCCUAUGCCAUCCUUCUCGGCAAGAUCUUCCAGGUCUGCACCUCUUACGGCGCCGGAGAGAUUACCGCAGCCGAGAAUCUUCAUCAGACCUCUCAAUGGUGUCUUUACAUGUUCCUUCUCGGACUCGGCAUGUGGGUGUUUUGCAGCAUUGAUGUUGCCCUUUGGGUUGUUGCCGGCGAGUUGCGCGCAAAGACUACCAGGGAGACUCUGUAUUCAACUCUUCUUGGUAGAAGUGCGGCGUGGUUUGAUUUGAGAGAGCAUGGCAUGUCUAGUUUGUUGACUGCUAUUCAAACACAAACCCGCGAACUCCAACUCGGCACAUCCCAAGUCCUCGGCUUCCUAGUCUGCGAUCUUCUCGUCUUCGCCUCCUGCAUCAUCGUUGCCCUCUACUACUCAUACCAGCUGACACUUGUCAUGCUCUCCACCGCUCUGCCUUCUGCCCUUAUCCUUUGGCUCAUCGCCCGCUUCCUCGACCCUGCCAUCGCCGGUCAAAAGCACGAACUUGCCGAGGCCGCCAAACAUGCCACCGCUGCCACGACCGCCAUUGAUCUCGUCAAAGCCUACAAUGCCGCCGACCACGAGUCCUUCAACUUCAUCUCGGCUGUCAAGAGGUCUUCGAAGUACUACACUCGUCAGGUCCUCUGUAACUGUGGACAAAUGAGCUACAUCAAGCUAUGGAUGAUGUCUCUCUUCGUCUUGGGGUUCUACUUCGCCGUGGUGCUCGUCAACAAGGGUGACCUCACCCCCGGAAACGCCCUAACAACAUUCUACUGCGCCCUCAUCGCUUUCCAAUCCAUCGAAACCCUCGGUCCUCAAUGGCUUAUCCUAGCUAAAGGAAUGGCAGCCGGUCAAUCCCUUCAAGACCUUGUUCGCCAGAUUGAUCCCGGUCAGACCAACACCUCUCAAGAGUCUGGCAUUCGCCCACCGACCUGCCACGGCGACAUUUCCUUGUCAAACAUAUCCUUCGCCUACCCGUCCUCUCCCAAUAACUUGGUCCUCCAACCUUCAUCCUUCCACUUCCCAUCCGGCUCCCUAACCUUCAUCGUCGGCCGUUCGGGCUCAGGUAAAUCCACCCUCGGUAACUUACUCGUUCGCUUCUACGAGCCUUUGACAGGCCAAAUCGUGGUUGAUGGGCAACCCAUUACUCAACUUGAUCUGCAGUGGAUCAGACAAAACAUCACCUUGAUCCAGCAAUCCAGCGUUCUGUUCAACGAUAGUCUAUUCCAGAACGUUGCCUUUGGCGGAUACCAACCUGACCAAGUCACGAUGGAAGACGUCAAAGAAGCCUGUUCCAUGGCUUUGCUACAGACUACUAUUGCUGGAAUGCCUCAAGGCUUAGACACGCAGAUCGGACCUGGUGGUUAUGCCCUUUCCGGUGGCCAGCGUCAGCGGUUGGCGUUGGCAAGGGCCAAGAUUCGUGAUCCGCCCGUAUUGAUUCUUGAUGAGAUCACUUCCGGGUUGGAUCCUGUGUCUAGAGGUCUGAUCAUGGAUGCUAUUCGCAUUUGGAGGAGGGGCAAGACGACGAUUAUCAUCACACAUGAGGUGGGAUGUAUCGGGGAGGGUGAGAUGGUUUAUGUCAUGGAGGAUGGAAGGGUUGUUCAGCAAGGAUAUGGAAAGCAGUUGAGGGAGGAGAGGGAGGGGUUGUUUGCUGGGCUUGUUGCUUCUGCUGAUCAUGAUGAUGUUGAUCAUGGAGAGCAUGCCGAUGACAUUGACGAAGAGGAAGACGACGAAGAAAGCGAUCUGGAAGACAUCGAUGAGGGCGAAGAGUACUCCGAGGAAGAGGUGAUCGAAGAAGCAACCUACGUGCAACUCGCCCGCGGCCUGAGUCUUCGCUCAAACAGGGGAAGCUCCGUCUUCCCUCGAUUAACCUUCGGCUUCGACCUCCACCCCUCCGCCACCACAGACAACAGACCCUCGCGACCAACUUCACGCAGAUUCAGUUCCGGCAGAAUCCCCAUCCAUCACCUCCAUCCAUACGCCACCAAGCCCAAUCGCAUCCGCGAGCCCUCCCCUCUUUCCCGCAGAAACAGCAACUCCUCCAUCGAACUCAUCACCCAAACCGGUCUCUCAGUCAAAACCGCCCGCGUGCCUAACGCCCGGCGGGCUCAGCAUCCUGAUCCAACCAAGGUGAUUGAAACGCAAGUGGUUAACAGUAGCAUGGACUCUUUCGAGCUCUUCUUUCUCGAGAAACUGGCCAACAAGAAACAGCGGGCCAAAUUCCACAAGAAUCGAAGAAAUAGCAUGGCGUCUAUCGCUUCGGCUACUUCCAACUCAUCAAACCCUACCUCUACCCAGGCAGCCAAUUUGAACAAGAAGGUCCACUCCGUCAACAACCGUCUUCCUUCUUUGUCCGCAAUUCUCCGCACUGUCUAUCCCACUCUCGACCUGCGCACCAAGGCCGAGCUUCUCCUCGGUCUCAUCCUCUGCCUAAUAGUCGCCGGCGCCAACCCCGCCUUCUCCUUCAUCUUCGCCCAACUGCUUUCCUCAUUCUGGUCCACGCCCUCCGCGCGUCUCGCCGCAGGCUCCAAAUGGGCUGGCAUCCUAGCAGCCGUAGCCAUCAUCGACUCCCUGGCGACUUUUGGCUCCUACUACUUUUUGGAGCGCGUAGCAACAAAAUGGGUAACCACCCUGCGAUCCGAAGCCAUCACGCGCAUUCUGGCACAACCAAAGUCAUGGUUCGAUAAGUCCUCCCACAGCCCAGCCAAGAUCGUCGCGUGCUUGGAUAGAAACGCAGAAGAGAUGCGCAAGUUGGUCGGCAUGUUCGUCCCCAUCCUCGUUACCGUAUCCACGAUGAUAGUCGUGGCGAUAACCUGGGCGUUGACCAUACAAUGGGAUUUAACGCUCGUUACACUCGCUGGUCUACCGGCUGCUGUUAUUGCUGGGAGAGUAAAUGCUUUGAUGAGCGAUAAAUGGGAGUCGAGGUGCGAUACUGCUGCCCUUGGCAUGGGUCAAAUCCUCACUGAAACGUUCAAUAACCUCAAGAUCGUCCGCGCUUUGACACUCGAAUCCUUUUUCACCCAAAAGUACACCGCAAAGAUCAACACCACUUACGCACUGGGCCUAAAGAGGGCAUCCUACAUCGGCAUCUUCUUGGGCCUCAACCAGUCCAUCGCUUAUUACUUGACGGCUCUAAUCUUUUAUUACGGCGCAAAGAUAUUAUCGCAAGAUCGCGCUUCUGUGACGGAUUUGCUGAGGGUUAUCAAUUUGAUCUUGUUCAGUCUGGGGACGUGUGUUAAUAUGUUGGCCAACAUACCGCAGACAGCGGCGGCGAAGGCUACCGCCACCCAAAUGCUUUAUUUUGUUAACCUCUCAUAUGAGGGGGGUCACGAAUCUGGGUCUGGGUCUGCUUCUGGGUCUGGCUCGCAGGGGAGGCAGCGUUUAUCUAACCCCUUACCCAUCGCAAUGCGAAACCUGCGCUUCGCAUACCCCAGUGCGCCAGAGACGUUGGUCCUGCGCAAUCUCAACCUGACUAUCGAAAAAGGCAGCUGCACAGCUAUCGUCGGGUCAUCAGGCUGCGGGAAGUCAACCGUCGCUUCUCUUCUCCUUAACCUCUAUCCGCCCCUUCCUUCAACUUCCACUUCUAGCUUCGACGACGACCAUGACAACGGGUGUUCGUUGACAUACAACUCCCUCCCCCCCUCACAAAUCCACACCCCCUCCCUCCGCUCUAGCAUAGCUUACAUCCCCCAACACCCUUUUCUUUUACCUACCACCCUCCGCGAAAACAUCCUCUACGGACUUCCCGACUCUUCACCUCUCCGCCUCUCUUCUUCUUCAUCCGAGGCUACCAACGCCCUGCACCGCGCCGCUCAAAUGGCCUCCAUCCACGACUUCAUCAUCUCUUUACCCCAAGGCUACGACACCAUCGUCGGCGAGGGCUCCGGUCUGCAGCUUUCCGGAGGACAAGCCCAACGUAUCUCCAUCGCUCGCGCCCUUGUUCGCAGUCCAAAGGUGAUCGUAGCCGAUGAACCCACCGCUAGUCUAGAUGCCGAAGGCGCGGAAGCUGUACGGGAGGUGUUUGCUAGACUGGUGCAUGGUAAUCGCAACAAUCGGACCGGGACUGGAAGCGGGAGCGGGAUGGAGGGCAUGAAGGGAGAUGGCAUCAAGGAGGGCAUGAAAGAGGGAGGAGAAAAGGGGAUGGCGAUAGUGGUGGUUACUCAUUCUAAGGAAAUGAUGAGGAUUGCGGAUCGGGUGGUGAUGAUUGAGAAUGGGGCGGUUAUUGAGGAAGGGCCGUUUGAGGAGUUGAGGGCGAGGAAGGGGAACGGGAACGGGAACGGGAACGGGCACUGGGGAAGGUUUGCGGGAAUGGUUAGUGGGGGGGCUUGGGAUGGUGGUGUUGAUGAUGAUGAUGAUGAUGAUGAUGAUUCUUCUCCUGACCGUGGUUUUGAGCAAGAUCAUCGAAGUCAUCGGAGGAACGCAACUCUUGGUACUAUCAGCUCUGACUUUGGCGGACAGAAUCUGGGGGAGUCUUCGGGCUCUGCGCAGUAUGGAUAUGGAACGGGAAGCGGAAGUGGAAGGUGGCAGGAUGAAGAUGGAGUCAGCGAUUUGAGUGAUGAGCAGAAGCCCAAGCCUGAAACCGGAAAUGGCGGCAGUACAACUACUGCUGCGGGUACAGGCACAGGUGUAAGGGUGAACGAAGAGGCCCUGCAGAGGUUGGAGGGUACAUCCCCUGAUUCAACUUCUGGAACUUCCGACAACCAGUCGCCUUCUCCGGAGAGAGAGAGGUAG